AUGCCUGGAUCCAAAGAAAGAUUUUCUCCAUUUGUUAGACAAUGUUUCGUGACGACAGCGGUAUGCUGUAACGUGAUCGGCAUCGGGUGUACCCUGGGGUUCCCAGGGGUUCUCCUGCCGCGGCUGCACCAGCCGGGGUCUCCCAUCAGACCUAGCCAGGAGAUGGAGUCCUGGAUUGCAUCGGUGUUGGCGAUUUCGAUGUUCUUCGGCAACUUCAUGACGCCCCCGAUCAUGGGCCGGCUGGGCCGCAAGAUGGCCCACUACGCCGUCCCGCUGCCCGUGCUGGCAGGCUGGCUCGCCAUAAUCCUCGCCACCAGCUCUGAGGCGCUGCUAGCCGGGCGCAUCCUGCACGGCAUCGGCUUGGGCAUGAUGCUGCCGCUGCGCUCCGUGCUGCUGGGCGAGUACACGAGCCCCCGCAACCGCGGUGGCUUCCUCACCACCAUCGCCCUCGCCCAGGGCUUCGGCAUGCUCUUCGUCCACUUCGUCGGCACCUUUCUCUCCUUCCAACACACGGCUAUCGUCAGUCUAUCCUUCUCUGUCGUCAGUUUCCUCAUGACUAUCUACUCUCCAGAAUCACCAAGCUGGCUUGCGACGAAUGGACAAUAUGAUAAAUGCAGAGAAGUGUUCAUAUGGCUGAGGGGAGAAGAAGAAAUUCCGGAGCUUGAAAAAAUUAUCGAAACUAGCAAGCAUUUAGAACAAACGAACGAACUAAUAAGCAAAGGAUUUAAGAAUAUUGUAUCAAUAGUGAAAAAGAAAGAAUUUAACAAACCUGUUCUUCUCAUGUUCGCUGGUUAUAUCAUGAUGAACUUCUCGGGACCGAUACUCUUUGCUUCGUAUUCAACUGUGCUUUUGCAUUUAUUGAUGGGCCCAGAUAUUGAUGCGCAUUUCUGGAUGGUGGCGUUUGAUAUCCAGAGGUUAAUGUUCAAUAUAGGCGCUGUUUAUGUGAUCAAUAAGACUGGGAGAAGGACGAUGAUGUUCGCUACGGGAGCUCUCUGUGCUGGCAGUCAUCUCGCUCAGGCAGGUUACGUUUUUGCUAAAGCCAACAACUACCUUCCAUUUGACUCGCUGUGGAUCCCCGGGAUACUCGUGAGUCUUCAGGUUCUAUCAUUUGCUAUAGGCAUGAUUCCGCUGCCAAGCGUGAUAGCAGGGGAAGUGUAUCCGUUACAAUACAGGAGUCUGGCAGGCAGCGUUAGUAUAGUGGCAUCAGCGGCAUCGAUAUUUCUGGUUCUUAAGACGUUCCCUGGUCUUAUAUCUGGCGUGGGCUUGCAAGGGGCCUAUCUACUGUACACGGGGGUCAUUGUAGCGGGGCUGGUUGUGGUCUUGUUCCUGCUGCCGGAGACUAGAGGCAGAACGCUGCAGCAGAUUGAGGAAUGCUUCAGAGGAGAGCCUUUCGAGCCUAAACGUGGCAAAGAAUUAGACCCAUUAAAUAUAACUGAACAGGAAAAGAUUCUUGUUUGAAUAAGUGGAAAGACAUAUAUAAAUGAAUGAAUAUAAGUAAACGUAAGUCUUACUGACUGAUAAUUAUGACUUUG